AUGGCACCAUCAGCUAUUUCCAAUACGCCGCCUCCUUCCACUGCUGGUGACACUUCUUCUGUGUCUAGCUACCGCGGAUAUGACCAUGUCCACUGGUAUGUGGGCAAUGCAAAGCAAGCCGCCAGCUACUACAUCACCCGCAUGGGCUUCAAGCGGGUUGCCUACAAGGGCCUGGAGACCAACAGUCGCAAUAUUUGCUCUCAUGUCAUCAAAAACGGCGACAUUACUUUCAUCCUAAGUUCUCCUCUGCGGUCACUUGACCAAAUCGACCGUUUCGGGCCCGAGGAACAAGCAGAGCUACGGGAGAUCCACGAACACUACGAGAAGCAUGGUGACGCAGUCAAGGAUGUUGCUUUCGAGGUUGAUGACGUUGAUGCUGUCUUCUUCGCUGCUGUGAAGAAUGGUGCCAAGGCUGUUUCGCAGCCCAGAAUUCUCGAGGACAAAGAUGGCCAUGUGAAGACUGCGACUAUCAAGACUUACGGCGAGACGACGCAUACUCUCAUCGAGCGUAACCACUACCGUGGCGCGUUCAUGCCCGGAUAUCGUGCUGAGGCUGGAGAUGCGGACCCAAUCUUGAAGUUCCUACCUGAGGUUCGUCUCGGGAAGAUUGACCACUGCGUUGGAAACCAAGACUGGGAUGAGAUGGACGAGAUCUGCGAGUACUAUGAGAAAGCCCUUGGAUUCCACCGCUUCUGGUCUGUUGACGAUAGCCAAGUUUGCACUGAAUUCUCUGCAUUAAAGAGUAUUGUCAUGGCUUCGCCAAACGAGAUUGUAAAGAUGCCCAUCAACGAGCCAGCAAAGGGAAAGAAGCAGUCCCAGAUCGAGGAAUACGUGGACUUCUACAACGGGGCGGGCGUGCAGCACAUUGCACUACACACCGAUGAUAUUAUUCGUGAUAUCACCAACCUCAAGGCAAGAGGUGUUGAGUUUAUCAAGGUUCCCGACACAUACUACACGGAUAUCCAAGUCAGACUUAAACAGUCUGGCCUGAAGCUACAGGAGGAUUUCGAGACAAUCCGCAGUCUGGAUAUCCUGAUCGACUUCGAUGAGGGUGGCUACCUCUUGCAGCUCUUCACCAAGCACAUUCUUGACCGACCUACCGUCUUCAUCGAGAUCAUUCAGCGGCACAAUUUUGAAGGCUUCGGAGCGGGCAACUUCAAAUCAUUGUUCGAAGCAAUUGAACGGGAGCAAGAGCUUCGUGGCAAUUUGAUCUAA